CGCGCGAGCGCCGCGGUGCCGCCGCCGGGAUGUGACCUUCAGAGCCGCCCGCACAGGAUGACCGGAGCCACCGCCCCGCGGCGCCCGCGCCUCGCUACGGCCCGCAGGGCGGCCUGACCGCGCGCGCCCGGCUCCCGGCCCGGCUCCGUCCCGGCCCCCGGCCCGGCCCCGGCCCCCGCCCAGCCCAGCCAUGCCGCCCGGGCCCGCCGCCGCCCUGGGCGCCGCGCUGCUGCUGCUCCUGCUGGCCUCCGAGCCCGCGCACACCGUGAUGCUGCGGGCGCGCGAGGCGGCGCAGUUCCUGAGGCCCAGGCAGCGCCGCGCCUACCAGGUCUUCGAGGAGGCCAAGCAGGGCCACCUGGAGAGGGAGUGCAUCGAGGAGCUGUGCAGCCGGGAGGAGGCCCGGGAAGUGUUCGAGAACGACCCCGAGACGGAGUACUUUUAUCCAAGGUAUUUAGAGUGCAUCGGUAAACAUGGAUCUCCGUACAAAAAGAACCCCGAUUUCGUCACCUGCGUGCAAAAGCUGCCUGACCAGUGCUCUCCAGACCCCUGCAGUAAGGAGGGGACCCACGUCUGCCAGGACCUCAUGGGCAACUUCUACUGCCAGUGCAGAGACGGCUGGGUGGGGCGGCUCUGCGACAGAGAUGUCAACGAGUGCAGCCAGGAGAACGGGGGCUGCAGCCAGAUUUGCUACAACAAGCCAGGCAGCUUCCAGUGUGCCUGCCACGGCGGCUACACGCUCUCCCUGGACGGCCGGACCUGCCACGGGCGACUGUGGCCUUGGCUCCCCACGGGUGGACCCCGUGUGAGGAGAGGCAGGGAGGCGGAGCCAGGGAGCCCAGACCUAGAUGAAUGUGCGGACGCGGACGCGGGCGCCUGCGGGGAGGCUCGGUGCCAGAACCUGCCGGGCUCCUACUCCUGCCUCUGUGACGAGGGCUAUGCCUUCCACUCCCAGGAGAAGGCCUGCCGAGACGUGGACGAGUGCGCGGAGGGGCGCUGCGAGCAGGCCUGCGUCAACUCCCCGGGGAGCUACACCUGCCACUGCGACGGCCGCGGGGGCCUCAAGCUGUCCCGGGACAUGAGCACCUGCGAGGACAUCUUGCCCUGCGUGCCCUUCAACGUGGCCAGGAGCGUGAAGUCCCUGUACCUGGGCCGCCUGUUCAGCGGGACCCCCGUGAUCAGGCUGCGCUUCAAGCGGCUGCAGCCCACGAGGCUGGUGGCUGAGUUCGACUUCAGGACCUUCGACCCCGAGGGCGUCCUGUUCUUCGCCGGGGGCCGUCGGGACAGCACCUGGAUCGUCCUGGGCCUGCGGGCCGGCCGGCUGGAGCUGCAGCUCCGCUACCAGGGCGUGGGCCGCGUCACCAGCAGCGGGCCCGUCAUCAACCACGGCUCGUGGCAGACGAUCUCCGUGGAGGAGCUCGAGCGGAACCUGGUGAUCAAGGUGAACAAGGACGCUGUCAUGAAGAUCGCUGUGGCCGGGGACCUGUUCCAGCUGGACAGGGGCCUGUACCACCUGAACCUGACCGUGGGAGGCAUGCCCUUCAAGGAGAGAGACCUCGUCCAGCCUAUGAACCCCCGUCUGGACGGCUGUCUGAGGAGCUGGCACUGGCUGGACGGGGAGGACACCACCGUCCAGGAGACGGUCAAGGUGAACGUGAAAAUGCAGUGCUUCUCUGUGAUCGAGAGGGGGUCCUUCUUCCCCGGGAGCGGCUUUGCCUUCUACAGCCUGGAGUAUGCUCGGACAUCGCCGGGCGUGGGGACCGAGACCACCUGGGAGAUAGAGGCCGUGGCUCGGAUCCGGCCCGCCGCCGACACGGGGGUGCUGCUGGCGCUGGUGGGCAACGACGACCAGGCCGUGGCCCUCUCCGUGGCCCUGGUCGACUACCACUCCACCAAGAAGCUCAAAAAGCAGCUGGUUGUCCUGGCCGUGGAGAGCGUCACCCUGGUCCUGAUGGAGAUCAAGGUCUGUGACGGCCAGGAGCACGUGGUGACCGUCUCUGUGAACAAGGACGAGGCCACGCUGGAGGUGGACGGCACCAAGGGCCAGAGUGAAGUGAGCCCAGCGGGGCUGCAGGAGAGGCUGGCCGUCCUCGGGGGGCACCUGCGGGGCUCCGUGCUCACCUUCGUCGGGGGGCUGCCAGAUGUGCCGGUGACCUCAGCCCCGGUCACGGCCUUCUACCGUGGCUGCAUGACGCUGGAGGUCAACCGGAAGGUGCUGGACCUGGACGAGGCCGCCUACAAGCACAGUGACAUCACGGCCCACUCCUGCCCCGCCGUCGAGCCGGCCGCCUAGCCUCCGCCACCGCUGGCCACCCGCUGCCGCGCACGCCUCAGCUCCGCCAGCCCAGGAAGGACGGCGGAAGGCCCCUGCCCCGCCCGAGACACCGCCCUCGCCCGCCGAGUCCCCUCGAGGCCUCCCUCCCCGCGUGUAACAUACGUGUAAAUAGUGGACUAACCUCAGCGCUGCCGAGCGGACCCGGGAAAAGAGUUCUGUUAUUUUUAUUACCAGAUGCUUCUUUCUGACCUAAAACUAUGGAAAAAUAAAAUAUUUACGG